UGGCCAUGGAUGGCGGCAAUGCAGCAGCAGCGGAGGAAUUGGCCGUGGGUUGCUUCGUCUCCAUCAAGACCACCUUGGGCGACGACUUCCAGGGCCAGGUCAUCACCUUCGACUGCCCCUCCAACAUCCUCAUCCUUCAAGAGGGUUUGAAAGGAGGGCCUAAGCGGAACAUCAGGCUACUCAAGGCCAACUAUAUCAAGGAGUUGAGCUAUUUGGGUCAAGCUGAAGACCCACUUGACAUUAAGAACUGUUACCUUGAUCUUAAUAGUCUCAGAGCCAGAGAGGAAUCAGCUAUCAGACAAGCAGAGGCAGAGUGUGAGAGGAUCGGAGUUGGUGUCACCAGCCAGGCUCAGAACAUUUUCGAUGCCUUGUCUAAGACGCUUCCAGUACGCUGGGACAAGACUGUCAUAGUUGUGAUGAAUGAGGUUCGUGUGAGCAGUCCAUAUCUUCCUGAGUCUGUCAGUGGAGGAACUCCUGCUGCCAAUGAUCGGGUGAAGAAAGUGCUUGAGUUGGAGAAGACUUUUCCCUCAAGGGAUAAGUCAUUGUGGUAUGGUGGUAUGGUGGUCUUGCUGUCAAGACGUAAGACCAAGCAUGAAGUGUUGUAG